AUGUUAACUUCACAACCCGUGGCAGACGUUGUAAUUGCUACUGCAGACUUCGAGAAAGACUUAACAAGCUGGAAUAUCUGUCCUGUCAAAGGAGGUGUUGAUGCAAAGGAGUUAUUCCACUUGUAUAUUAUCUUAUGGAUUCAGGAUAAGCGCCUUGCAUUACUUGAGUCCUGCAAAUUAGAUAAGGUAAAAUGGUCCGGUGUUCGGACGCAGCAUAUGACCACUCCUUUUGUGGAUGACAUGUAUGAUCGAUUGAAAGACACACUGAUUGAGUAUGAUGUUAUUAUUUGUCGCUGGCCAGAGUAUACUUUUGUUCUUGAAAAUGCUAUUGCAGAUAUUGAGAAGGCAGUAAUUGAAGCUUUGGAAAAGCAGUAUGCAGAUGUUUUGGCUCCAUUGAAGGAGAGUUUGACCCCAAUGAAAUUUGGCCUGAAAUAUGUUCAGAAAUUUGCUAAAAGAAAUUCAGGCCUCCCAUAUUCUGUCCCUGAUGAUUUAGGAAUUCUGUUAAAUACCAUGAAAAGAUUACUUGAAGUCUUGCGACCCAAGAUAGAACUGCAGUUGAAAUCUUGGGGUUCUUGUAUACCUGAUGGUGGGAAUGCAGCUCCUGGUGAACGGCUUAGUGAAGUAACUGUGACGUUGAGAGCCAAGUUUAGAAAUUAUCAACAGGCAGUAGUUGAAAAACUUGUGGAGAAUACUCGGGCACAAAGCACCACAAAACUCAAGAAGAUCAUUCAAGAUUCAAAAGAUUCUGCAAUGGAAUCCGAUAUCCGUAGUAGAAUGCAACCCUUGAGGGACCUUCUGAUUCAGACUAUUAAUGAGCUCCAUAAAGUAUUUGAGGUGCACGUUUUUGUAGCAGUGUGCCGAGGCUUUUGGAAUAGGAUGGGCCAGGACGUUCUCAAAUUCCUGGAGAACCGAAGGGAAAAUAGGGCAUUAUAUAAAGGUGCACGAGUAACAAUUGCAGUUCUGGAUGAUACGUUUGCAUCACAGAUGCAACAAUUACUGGGCAAUGUUCUCCAAGAGAAGGAAUUGGAGCCUCCCAGAUCCAUUAUGGAGGUGCGUUCCGUGCUCUGCAAGGAUGCACCAGUUCAGAAGGAUUCAAGCUUUUACUAUUAGGCUGUAUAUAUCCGGCAACUAUAGCGAGCAAGUUGUAACUUUUCCGAGUAUUCUCAAGCAAAUGUCAGCAGAAAAGCACCGAGUUUUGAAUAACUUAAAGCCUUACAGUUAGAAUGUUUAUACAUACAUAGCACAAACACAUCAAGAAAGCUCCAAGGAGGCUAUGAUCUACUUCGAAUUCUGUAUCAGGUUUCGUAGGGAGAAAAGAAACGAAGAGAUUCUAGUAGAUUGUAUCAAUAGGCGGCUAAGUCGCCAUGAUUGUUUUCUAGUUCUCUAACGGUCCUACAAUCCGCUCGAGUAUUCCAUCUUAUUCAUUCGUAAUUAUAGUGCAUAUCGUGGAUCAUCCUUUUAUUCGUCUAGCAAA